UCGGCUGCGUCGGCGAUGGCGUCCUUACUUGCGUCGGCCAUGUCUCCUCCUGUAGCUCCUAUCCAUGCGGCUGCUCCAUCAGCGAAUCCGGAAGUGGGCGCGAUAAGCCCCGCCCCUUCCGGUGACGUCAUUUCCGCCCAGACACGGCAAGACACACGCGGAGAUGGCGGCAAUCGACCGGGUCCUCUCAUUUACACCGGAGGUGAGUACCAUGAGAGGACACCGGUAGGGGAACGAUUGCCAGUCUCCAUGAGGGGCAGUACAAGGAGGAAAAAUGUUCAGAGAAGGGUUAACUUUGCUGCGGCGUCACGUGGGAGCGGGGCCAUAAGAGGUUUCUCAGGGCAAAGGCGAGGUGCCACAACUAGCAUAGUGAGGGGAAUGAGAGGGUCCAGCUGCUCCAAUAUGAGAAACAGAGGUUUGGUUAGAGAUAGCCGUGUGACACAUACCCAGUUAUAUAAGGGUACAGACCAAGUUUAUCCCCGCGACAGGGGCGAGGCUCACAGCAGCGAUGCUGCGCUUCAAGGCUUAACUGACAAUGCGAUGAGGGGAAACACUAUUAACCCAGUGCAUGCCACAGGUGUGCGUGAUUUGCAUGCAGGUGGUAGGGCAGUUCAAGCGAGAGAGAUUGCACGGGUUGAGAAUGAAAGAUCUGAUGCUACAGUUAACACUUUCAUUGCCAGUGUGAAUGCUCAUGAUAAUGUGAAUGCCUUUAUGAAUGCUCAUGAUAAUGUGAAUGCCUUAACUAGCAAUGCUGCGCUUCAAGGGUUAACUAACAAUGCUAUGAGGGGAAACACUAUUAACCCAGUGCAUGCCGCAGGUGUGCGUGAAUUCCAUGCAAGUGGUAGGGCGGUUCAAGCGGAAGUGAAUGCGCAGGUUGCGAAUGAAAGAUCUUCUGCCCCAGUUAACGCUUUCAUGGCCAGUGUGAAUGCUCAUGACAAUGUGAAUGUCUUAACUAGUGUGCCUAGGGCUAAUGUGACGACUGGGCUGAGUGGGAACAGGCCUAAUUUGUGUGGUGUUCAAGGGGUCACUGUAUUGGGGAAUGAGUCUCUGGGGAUUGAAACUGGUAAUCCUUCCAAUGCUGGUGUUCGUUGUGCUCGCCAAAUUUUGUCUAUUUUGCAGGGUACAGCUCAAACGGAGUCUGUUUUGCCUUCAACAUCUGGCACAGCUAGUAUUACCCAGGCAGCUAAUUCAGCGGCUCCACAGCAUGAUCUCGCACCACCUGCACCUGCUCAGCAGCCAGCAGUUCCCGACACAAGGAGAGAAGCCCAGCCGGUUGCGACAGCUCAAGCAGCGGCAUCCUCUGCAGAGGUCUAUUCUAGAUCUGGAACUACCUAGGUGUUUCCCAAGUUAUUCUGCCAACGAGCAACGUUACUGGAUCUUCGCUUACCCUUUGCCUAUGGUUGUCAAACCGCCACUUCAGCUGAUCACACUACCGGAGAGAAAGAGAACUAUUCAACCAACUUCAUUAUCAGUUAUUCAGGUACCCUCUUAACCGAAUUUACCUUUGUUGAUAUAUGAACAGUGUCUUGCAGGGAAUACUCUCGGCAUAUAAUAAAGCCGAUUUACAACAGCCGGUGAUGUCACCCUCUAACCCGGAAUAACGGAA